GCCUGUCGAGUGGCGCACAGUACAAGAAGAUCGUAUUAAGUAGAGUAUGGCUUUGCACAGGGAUUAACCUGCUUCCAGAACACACGGCAUCAUUCCUAAGUCCACAUCGAUUCCAGAACAUGGCGAACCCCUGGUUCUCUGCAUUUAAACCCGAGGAGCUUACUGAGAUAGCGGACCGGACAGGUAAAAAACUGAUAUAUUUUGAAUAUGACGGGAUCCUGUUUCCUCCCUUCCCGGGUAUCGACAAGAGAUUGUCCGCUCUACCAAGCUUCCUGGAAGAGAUGACGAUAUAUGCGCACCAAGACUUUGUCAAGCGGAAGUGCAAAGAUUGUGUAUUAAUACGAAACCCAAAGGACGCCUACGUCUCGUUUUUCAACCACACCAGGAGUAUCAAACCAUACUAUUCCUAUGACGGCGAGUGGUCGGAUUAUUUUGAACUUGCAAUUCAAGGCAAGACGGAGACGAAUUUGUGGUUUGACUAUGUUGACGCAUGGGACAAGUUUUUCAAGGAUCACCCAGAGUUGCCCGUCUUAACUCUUUACUACGAGGAGUCAAAGCAGGAUCUGCUAACUACCGUAAAAAAGUUGUCAUCAUUCAUUGGCGUGAACCUGACAGAAGAUGUGUCUAAAGAGAUCGCUCUUGCCUGCAGUUUUAGCCAGAUGAAAACAGCUAAAGUAAAGGCUUACCCAAAAGAGCAUCUGUUUAUUUGGGACAAGGGGGAAUAUACCAUGUACCGAAAAGGUGUGGCGGGUGAUUGGAAAAAUUACUUCACUGUGGCCCAAAAUGAGCGCUUCAAUGCCCUGUACAAAGAACGGAUGAAGAACUCCAAACACUAUAACAGAUAUCUGGAUCAGUGAAGUUGUGCUACUUGCGUGCAAACAGCCUGUUUUCUAUACAUCUGUUUAUUAAUUGUGAUUAAUCAUUUUAUCAUCUUGUCUUGAAUUAAUUUACAUAAGUAACUUUACAACAUCUGAAACGUGACUUGAAAUUAAGCCUGAAAACAAGCUGCUGAACCAUAUAUACCAUAUACCAUGACCCUGGUGGUUGUAAAUGGCAACUGCCUUAUUUGGGUUUGAAGAAAUACAUAUCUAGUCUUUCUACUUUGGCAUUUGCAUAAUUCCUUAAUCUGUAUUCAGGAAUAUUGUUUAGUGACUUAAGCCUAGCUCACAUGGACGAUAUUUGUUGUCGAAAAUUGGAUUUUUUCUGAUCCCGUGUCAAAUCAUUCGGAAUAUCGGUUACAACAACACAAGCAACUUUUUUCUAAGGGCCUCUACAUGACUGGUUCAAAGUUAUAUUAUGACACAAAAUGGCACUACAUCGGCAUUUAGCCUAUACCCACACCAAAUCUCUAGCGGCGCUGUUUAAUCACACGAUCCCGAUCGCCCGGCGAAUCCUGUGCCCGGUUCAUUUGUUUCUGGAUUUUGUGUUUUCCAGAGUUUUUUAGAGUCGGAAUUUCUUGCUUAGGUUAACCGCUAUCUGAGUAAAUUUAGAAAACAAAGGUCUUUGAUGUGCUUUCGAACAAGUAUACGUUUGUUCAGUUGUAAGGCCACAAAACAUCAUGCUACCUAUUUAGUUAUAGUUAAACAGGUAUCGACGCGCGGCCUCUUAUUAUUAUAUACUGGGUUUGUAUGUAUACAACGUAGCCUUGUUAGAGAAUGGUUGUAGUCGUGUCAAAUUGGAGUGAAACAAUAAUGAUUAUCAUUCAUUUAUUCUUCAUGGAGCCUUCCCUCUUUGCGUGGCUGACCUUUGGUUCAUUAUGUACGGGGUAAAGAUAGACCCUAAGCAAAUGUGUCAUUAUACAUUAUGAGUCAGUGUUUACUUAGUGUAGCUGUAUUUACUUAGUGUAGCUGUAUUUACUUAGUGUAGCUGUAUUUAGCCGGUAGCGUUUAUCGUAGUUAUGUGCUUCAUUUUCUGAGCACCUGGACGACUUGUGCUUUAUUAUUAUUUGUCUGCAAAACAGUCGGAGGCAAGCAAUUGUAAGCCGGCCUCGACAAACUGAUCCCGCAAUAUGUUGAUGGUUGAGUAUACAGUUGGUUUUGUUCUUGAGGAGUUCCUGCAGUGUCGUGUGAAAACCUCAACCGUUUAUCGGGUGUCUGACGAGCCUGGAACAGGUCACUGCAAAACCAAGCGUGAGCUGGAUUCGAACAACAAUCCUCAGUCGUCUGAAUCGUUUGCUGUCCGAAGGCUGGAGUCUUCUUUUUCGCGCACAGCACGUUGUCAAUAAUAACAUCAAAAUAAUAGUAUUAACUGUUAUUCUUGUAAUUAUUAUUAUUAUUCUUUUAUUUCCUUCUACAGUUUCUUUAUGUCGUUUCAAACAUUUAUUAAUUGUCGUGACGAUACACUGUGUAUAUUAUCAAAACAACGAAUAAUAAAUUCAUGAUUUUACAA